CCUAACAAGCCUACAAGAAUAUGGAAGAAGUAUUCCAGGAGUCCGAAGUGUUCUGGUCCGACCACCACCACCACCGCCGAGGAGACGAUGCUCAGAGCUCCAUCGACCACGAUGACGAAGACAGUUCUGAUCAUUCCAGGCAACCAUGGAGGAAGAAGGUGAUGAAAACGAGCAGCUCCGUUCCGGUCACUAUACCGGAGACUACGGCCACCGGUCGUUCUUGGUUACAUUUUCAAGAUUCCGAUGAAGAUGGCAAUGGCGAGAUGGUGCCGCCCCACUUGUUGGUAGCUCGGAGACUUGAAGGGAAGAUGGCCUUCUCUGUUUGCACCGGCAAAGGCAGGACCCUCAAGGGUCGUGAUUUGAAACAAGUUCGAAACUCCAUACUUCGAUUGACAGGGUUCAUCGAAUCAUGACGCC